AUGUUCAACGCGCCUAGAAGAGGAGCGGGCAAUCUGUCCAGCUCGGCCUUCGUCUCGUCGAAUACUCAAUCCGAAUCAUUCGAUCCUCUGGCGUCAUCUAUGCCCACUUCGACGAGUUUUGGCGAGGUAGAUCCUUGGUCCUCCAUUCCUGCCUCUGCUCAAGGCACACCACAACGAAUAGGAAGGGAUGAUGAUCAGCUAAACGCUGAGGAGGUAUCCGGUCUCAUGGCGAAAGUCGAGGGAGUGUCGGCUCGAGAGGGACUCAAUGCGUUUCUCCAUGACCCACCGCCUGUAUAUGUGACAUUGCUGGACUCUAUCAUCCCCAACGCAGCUUCCAGUAUCCCAUUAUCAUCCGUACAUCGACUGCUCGCCUCUUCCAGGCUUCCCGCAUCCACCAUAGAAAAGAUCAUCGCUUUGACGUCCCGCGAAUCAUCCGCAUUAUCCAGACCCGAAUUCUUUUGUGCCCUUGCUCUUGUCGCUUUAGCUCAAUCAUCUCCUUCAUCCCCAGUCUCCAUCGAACAGUUGUCAUCGUCUCUGCCGAAUCUGCCUCUGCCCAGCCUCAGUCCUGCGUCGCCUCCGAUCACCAGAGGAUACAGCGUCCAGCCAGACAGCGGGUGGGAUAGCGUGGAAAGAGACAACCCACCGCAGGUCAAUGGAUCUGAUGGAAAUCUGCCUCAGUCCGGUGGUCUAGACUUGGAAGCAGAACGAGGGUACUGGAAGCGAUUAGAAAAGAUCGAGGUCGGCCUGAUAGCGGAGAAGGAAGGAUGGUUCCUUCAAAAAUACCGUGUAGAAUCGGAUAGACGCUCCACUGAGCCAGUCUCCCGCCGUUACUCAGACUUCGUCUGGCUGCUCGAUUGUCUCAUCAAGCGAUAUCCAUUCCGCUUAUUACCCGCACUGCCACCGAAGAAGAUUGGACCCGACGCACACUUUCUCGAACAACGACGCAAAGCUUUGCAGAGGUUUUUAAAUAUGCUGGUCAAUCAUCCCGUGACUCGUGAUGAUGGCGCUCUCAACGUCUUCCUCACCGAGGGGGCUUUUGAAGCCUGGCGAAAACGAACCAAAGUCUCGACCGACGAGGAAUCCGCUUCGAAAAGAUUGAAUCCGGCUCAAGAGAUGGGAAUCCCCUCAGAUCUCGAGCAGCGGCUAUCGCGUCUGAGAGACAACUUGCCUACACUGCUCAACUCAUACCAAAAGCUAGUGACGAUCGCCGAGAGAUCACUGGCUAGGUUACAAUCUGCUAAUGCAGAUGCCAGUCGGAUCGCGCUGAGUCUCGGCACUGUCGCCGAGUCUCUCCCACGUUGUUGCUAUAAAGACGACGAGAGAGGCUGUACUCUCUGUGCAGGAGUUGGUAGAGGUCUGAGCAACGUCGGGGAAAGCUGGACUAAAUUGGCAGAAGAGGGGGACAAGAGGGUGAGCGCAUCAUCGAUUGUCAUGGGGAAUAUUGAAGCGCUCAAAACGCAAAGAGAUCUCUAUCUUGCGUUCCGUGACCUCUUUGGGAGGUACGACAAGCUGUCCAAAGACUCGGUAGACUCGCUGGGGAAGAAGAUCGAGACUCGUCAAACAAAAAUGGAUUCCACAAGAAAGGCUCAAAAGCCUGGCUGGGAAGGCGAAGUGGAGAAACUCGUUGCUGCCACUGACAACGACAACACCACCAUCCGUAACCUACUUGCGAGACGAGUUUUCAUCCGUGCCUGCAUGUGGCACGAGAUGUCGCUCGUCUUCCAUUCUCGCCAAGCCGCUCAGACUACUCUUGGAUGGAGACUAUUUGCCCAAGAAGAAUCCACAGCUAGCCAUGUGAUCGCAGAAGUCUGGGACGAGAUGGCAGAGCGUCUGAAGAGCAUGCCUAUAGAGUGA